AUGUCGGAUUGGGACAACGUUGGCUCAUCUGUUAUUGGUGAGGGAAACAAGAGUGGGGAUGCGAAGAACGCUGUUGAGGUGGACUGGUUCUCGAACAACCAUGACAUUUUUAGUGGGGGCGGAGAGACUGUUCUUGUUGACCCGCGUGAUGUUAAACGGGCCGAGACAGCUCCUUCUGUCCUCACAAUGUACUCCGCCGAUGGAACUUUGUGCGUUGGUGGAAGCCUGGAGGAGGUUGUGCCUCCUGAGGAGGAGUACCGCUACACCGAAGAGUAUCACCUGCUGUAUUACUCCAAGUAUCCGCGCGAUCCACGCAUGCUUGUGCCACUUCGAUCCAGCGGUGGUGUGAGGCGAGGCGGAGACUCGGGAUUGCCGGGCCAUCGUGGCGUCACGGGGAAUCAAAUUUUCUCCCAAGAAAGUGAGAAUGUCACAGACAGCCAUGAAACGACAACUGACAAUGCCCAGGAGAAGGAAAAAAAUGUCCAGGAUUCUCCUGACAUGGAAACGGCGUACUCAAAGAGUGUUUUAGAGUCCCUUUCAAAUAAUCAGCAAACACAUCAACAAGAACAACAAAACCGGCAGCGGUACGAGGCGGACCCAUCUUUUUCAAGCAUGGAGGCAGACGAGGCACCCUCGGAUGCACCCAUGGAUGGCAGCCUAAACAUUCCAGCUACCACUAGAGGUUGUUUGCAAUCCCAGAUCAACAACGAGGUGACUUCAACUGGGCGUGGGCAACCACAGGCUGGUUCCACGCCACACUCUUUUGGACGGAGCAGUGCAUCAGUACGUCGGGGGACUCAACAUAGCCAUCAAGGCUCUCAAAACGGUGGGGUAAAGAAUAAUGCACGUCGACAGGCAGAUGGAGGUAUUAUUGGAUCUUUUAGAGCUUCGGCGAAUGAGCUUUCCUCGGUGCGAGAGUAUCUUGAGGAGGUGAGCCAUGAAUGCUCCUACAAUGCUAUUCAAGGUCGUGUUGUCGCUCUAAGCAAAGACCAAGAAGGCAGUCGCUUCGUUCAGCGUCUCCUGGAGGAGGAUCAGAACGUGACUAAUAUUUUCAAGGAGGUUUUUCCUAGUACUUGUGAGUUGAUGAUUCAUGUAUUUGGGAACUAUGUGCUGCAGAAGUUGUUGGAUGUGCUUCCAGCGCAGAGUGACGUGUUCAAGCAGCUUUUUGAAAAGGUGAGUGGAAGAUUGAAGGAGUAUUCAUUUCAUACGUAUGGUUGCCGAGUAAUACAAAGGUUUCUUGUAAAGGCAUCCUCUGAAAUACGGGAAAAUAUACUUUUUGAAUUAAAGGACUGUAUGGUAGAAUGCGUUUUUGAUCAAAAUGCCAGCCAUGUGGCGCAAAAGAUCAUAGAAGUUAUGCCGGAAAAGACACAGUUUAUGACUGAGGCCUUCUUGCCCAAUCUGAAGGUGUUGCCUUGUCAUCCGUACGGGUGCCGUGUACUGCAGUGCAUUUUUGAGAAAUGUUCCUCGGUUCCCGAGGUAAACAUUCGUCCACUGUUCGAAGCAGUUUUGGAACAUGCGCAUGAGUAUGUCAUGGAUCAGUAUGGUAACUAUGUCGUACAGCAUGCGGUGCUUAACGCUCCGGAAGAUCUCCGCAAACGUUUUGUAGAAUUUCUCAUUCCUCACGUGUAUGCGUUGUCGUGUAGCAAGUUUGCUUCCAAUGUGGCCGAGAAGACUAUUGUGAAGGCAAACAAGGAGGAGUUGCAACAAAUCGUUGAUAUCCUCACACGUCCAUCAGGUGGAACUGAUGAUGGAAGUUGCCUUGUUCUUAUGAUGCAGGACCCAUAUGCAAAUUACGUUGUACAACGCUUGCUUCAGGAGGUGACUAGGCAACAACAACAACAUAUUGCUGAGCAAACGAAGAGACAUCUCACGAGUAUCCGUCGUUCAGUCUACGGUCAACAUCUUGUUCAAAAAAUGGAAAACAUGGGCAUGUUUUCAUGGAUGGAGGGUGAUAUGUGCAACAAUCCUGUGUAUCAUGAGCAAGCGGCUGUGGAAUGUGCACCAAAUCGGAAAGCUCGCGGAGCGAUGGGGAUUCGCAAUGCCUCACGUGGUGUAUCGGUGCCUCAAAGCGCCUAUGUAACGUCAAUGGAGCCAUCCCUGGCCGCUGCCAGUUCUUAUCGUCAGCCAGGGGCACCUGUUGCGGUUACCGGACGAGCUGUGCUGCCUUUGGCGCCAACGGGGUCUGGCUACAGCUACGGGUAUCUCGAUUUCUCGUCCGAUGCCUUGCUGGCACCAUCUCAGCAGUUGCAGCAAGCUCAGCACCACCUGAUGUCUGUUCCUAGUGUAACGAUUGGGGUCCAAUCGUGUUAUCCAGGCAUGAUGCCGCCCGCUCCACCGCCUCAGGCGGCACAUUCUCAACAGUGCCAGUAUCCUCCACGUCAGGUAUUUGCGUUACAAGGGCAACACGGCAGCUACAAUAUGAUGGAUUCGUCAUCGAUGCCAGAGCAUCAACAUCAGAUGUCUCAAACAAACCCGGUUGCCGCAACGAAUCAAAUUUAUGCUAAUUCAGGUGCUCGUGUAGGUCAACCACAAGGCGGCAAGUGGACAAACACGUACCAAACUCUUGACCCCUCUGUGCAACAGGCGAUGCCGUGUGGUGUUAGUGCCCCAAAUUUGUAUCAUGGCAUGAAUACGGCAUCAGGAUUCUGGAAGUGGGGUUGUGAUCCAGUUCUUGCGUUGUCCUCAUCCCUUGGACAACAGUUGCGGCUGAUAUAG